UUACCUCUGGAUCCAACCUCCUCCGGUCACGUGGAAGGCUCUCACGCUACGAUUGGUUGGGGUGUAAAGGGGGCGGGGCCGAAGCCCUUGAGAGGUUCCGUGCCCCUGGUCCAGCCGCUUGUUUGGCUGCUGCCGUCACCUCAUGGCGACUCGGCUUGAGGAGGCAACGCGAGGAAGAGGCGGCGGUACUGAGGAGGCUAUUGAGAGCGGACAGGGCGAACCGCGACGUAGUCCCCCGCAGAAGUUUGAAAUUGGCACAAUGGAAGAAGCUAGAAUUUGCGAGUUAGGAGUAAAAGCAGACAUGGUAUGUAAUUCUCAAGCAAAUGAUAUUCUUCAACAUCAAGACUCCAGUUGUGGUGGCACAACUAAGAAGCAUUCACUGGAAGGGGAUGAAGGCAGUGACUUUAUAACAAAGAACAGAAAUUUGGUGAGCUCAGUAUUCUUUACGCAGGAGACAAGAGAAGAAAUUCCUGGACGAGAAGCUAGAACAGGUCCUCCUGAUGGCCAGCAAGAUUCAGAGUGCAGCAGGAACAAAGAGAAGACCUUAGGAAAAGAAGUUUUAUUACUGAUGCAAGCGCUAAACACCCUUUCAACCCCAGAGGAGAAGCUGGCAGCUCUCUGUAAGAAAUAUGCUGAUCUCCUGGAGGAAAGCAGGAAUGUUCAGAAACAAAUGAAGAUUCUGCAGAAGAAGCAAGCCCAGAUUGUGAAAGAGAAAGUUCACCUUCAGAGUGAACACAGCAAGGCCAUCUUGGCAAGAAGCAAACUGGAGUCUCUUUGCAGGGAACUUCAGCGUCAUAAUAAGACCUUAAAGGAGGAAAAUAUGCAGCAGGCACGGGAGGAGGAGGAGCGACGUAAAGAAGCAACAGCACAUUUCCAGAUAACUCUAAAUGAAAUCCAAGCUCAGUUGGAACAACAUGACAUACACAAUGCCAAACUGCGACAGGAGAACAUUGAACUGGGAGAGAAGUUGAAGAAGCUUAUUGAGCAGUAUGCCCUAAGGGAAGAGCACAUUGAUAAAGUAUUCAAACACAAGGAAUUGCAACAACAGCUUGUGGAUGCCAAACUUCAGCAAACAACACAGCUGAUAAAAGAAGCUGAUGAAAAACAUCAGAGAGAGAGAGAGUUUUUAUUAAAAGAAGCAACAGAAUCCAGGCACAAAUAUGAACAAAUGAAACAGCAAGAAGUACAACUAAAACAGCAGCUUUCUCUUUAUAUGGAUAAAUUUGAAGAAUUCCAGACUACUAUGGCAAAAAGCAAUGAACUUUUUACAACCUUCAGGCAGGAAAUGGAAAAGAUGACAAAGAAAAUUAAAAAACUGGAAAAAGAAACAAUAAUAUGGCGUACCAAAUGGGAAAACAAUAAUAAAGCACUUCUGCAGAUGGCCGAAGAGAAAACUGUCCGUGAUAAAGAGUACAAGGCCUUUCAAAUAAAACUGGAACGGUUAGAGAAGCUGUGCAGGGCUCUUCAAACAGAGAGAAAUGAGCUCAACGAGAAGGUGGAAGUCCUGAAAGAGCAGGUCUCUAUCAAAGCAGCAGAUGGGGACUUGGUGUCACCUGCAACGCAGCCCUGUGCUGUCCUGGAUUCCUUCAAAGAGACGAACACUUCAAGAAGAGCCCUGGGAAUGUUGGAGGGUAGGGCCAAGUCAGUGAGUGAGAAGAGUGCUGCACAAAAGCCCUCAUCUUCAGGUUCUGCUGCUCAAGGCAUUAAGUCAUUUGACUAGGGUGAAGUAUGAUCACUGUAUUGAGAGAUAUAUUUUGUGUAUAACUUCCUCUGUUAGUAGUAAGUAACUAUUGGUUUUGUGGUGAAAAUUUUCUUACUUUUUCUACCAUAUCUGUAUUUUCUUAGAACUACUGGACUUAUGUGGUACAGGAGGCUGCUUAGCAGUUUGGAAUAGUUUUACUCUAUAAAUUUCCCUCAACUAUGUUGCACAUCUGCCUCAUUUUCCCCCUUUGUUGGAAUGCAUGCCCUCAGUGCUUUGUUCUCUAUUCCUGCUCCUUGCACAUAAUUUCCGUAACUAAAAUAUUAAAACAAGGCCAUUAGAGGAGUUAUGUUCUCCUGAUGGUUCCUUGAUGUAAAAACAGUUUUAGGAAUCUUAUCCCAUUAAUAUUAGUCAAAGGAAAAUACCUUUAAUAACCCAUUUAAAUACAGGGGAAUGGGGGAACUGGUCAGAAACAAGCUUAGCAUUUUUCAUUCGAAUCAGCUUUUGAUUCACAAAUUAAAAUAACCACAUAACCCUGAAGUUCUGACAAAACAUAAAGAUACUACUUGUAAACUAGUCCCACUAUGCUGAUUUGAGGAUAAAAUGUACCAACAUGUGAAAUUUGGACUGACUAUAGAGGAUGGUGGUUAAUUCUCCACUUCCCAUAAAAAGGUUGAUUGUUCCUUGUGAG